CAGGGGUUCCUGGACACGCUGAGAUGUCCCCACUGCUCCAAGGAGUGUCGGAGGCUCAGAGGGAAGGCAAAUGCCUGUGUCCCUGGCCUAGAGGCCCCCCAUUCCCAGCCUCUCUUCGUCCUCAGAGUCAAGGGGUGGCUGCGGAGCAGCGGGACCUGGCGCAGGGCUGUGUGAUCUUUCAGGAUGUGUUUGUAUACUUCUCACGGGAAGAAUGGGAACUCCUUGACAAUGCUCAAAGACUCCUAUACCAUGAUGUGAUGCUGGAGAACUUUGCACUUUUAGCUUCACUUGGUUGUUGGCAUGGAGUUGAGGAUGAGGAAGCACCUUCUGAGCAGAAUGCUUCUGUGGCAGGAGAGCUGCAGACCAGAAUACCCAUGAGAGAGCUAAAGACCCACAAAUGUUACAUGUGUGAUUCUACAUUGAAAGAUAUUUUACACCUGGCUGAAUACCAGAGGGAAAAAGUCAGGCAGAAGCCAUACAACUGGGGGGCAUGUGGGAAACAGUUCUGGUUCAGUACAAAGUUUGACCAAUACCAGAAGAAGCCCAGUGGAGAGAAACCCUUCAGAAGGGACAAGAAUAAGGACUCUAUGAACAGCUACAGAGUCCGUGGGCCAGAGAAGACCCACACAUGUGGGGAAGGUGACAUGGACUUUUCAGCCACUUCUGCCCUUCUUCAGUACCCUGCCCCUCCCAGAAGAAUGAAGCUCAAUAACAGCACCAAGCUUGAGGGGACCUUUCUUACUGGACAGAGGUAUCACAAGUGUGGUGAAUGUGGAAAAGCCUUUACCCGGAAAGACACCCUUGCACGGCAUCAGAGAAUCCACACUGGAGAAAGGCCUUACGAAUGUAGUGAAUGUGGGAAAUUCUUUAGCCAAAGCUAUGACCUUUUUAAACACCAGACAGUUCACACUGGAGAAAGACCUUAUGAGUGCAAUGAAUGUGGGAAAUUCUUUAGACAAAUCUCUGGCCUGAUUGAGCACAGGCGAGUUCACACAGGUGAAAGGCUCUAUCAGUGCAACAAAUGUGGGAAAUUCUUUAGCAGUAAGUCUAAUCUCAUUCGACACCAGGAAGUUCACACAGGAGCCAGGCCUUACUUAUGCAGUGAAUGUGGGAAGGAGUUUAGUCGCAAACAUACACUUGUUCUGCAUCAGCGAACUCACACUGGAGAAAAGCCUUAUGAGUGCAGUGAAUGUGGGAAGGCCUUUAGCCAAAGUUCCCACCUUAACGUACACUGGAGAAUUCACAGUAGUGAUUAUGAGUGUAGCAGAUGUGGGAAAGCCUUUAGUUGUAUCUCUAAACUUAUUCAGCACCAGAAAGUUCACUCUGGAGAAAAGCCCUAUGAGUGCAGCAAGUGUGGGAAAGCCUUCACUCAAAGGCCAAACCUUAUCAGGCACUGGAAAGUCCACACUGGAGAAAGGCCUUAUGUAUGCAGUGAGUGUGGGAGAGAGUUCAUCCGGAAACAAACACUGGUUCUGCACCAGAGGAUUCAUGUUGGAGAAAAACCUUAAUAGUAUGGUGACUAUGGGAAACCUUUUGGCCAACACCUGGACUUAGGAUUCCUUGGAGAACUAACUGUGACGACAGUAGAUGCAGGAAAACCUUUGCCCAAAGGCUGAAUCUAUCAUUGGGAGUUUCUCACUGGACAAAGUCCUUACCAGAACAGGGAAUGUC